AUGCCUUUCAUACUCUUAUCAAAUUUUAAGAGCAACGAUUCAGAUGAGUUAUCUACGGUGAAACGAGGGAGUUCGAGCAUGCCAGCAAAGAAUGUUGAUUUGAACUUGAGAUCCGUGAAAUUUUCUAUGAAAAAGUUCGAGGAGAUGAGCAGGCUGAUCUUCAACUUCUCUCUCGCUUGUCUGUUUUAUGGGAGCGUGGAGAGCAAAUAUUACUGCCAACAAACUUCACUAUCACUUCCUUGGACGAACCUUGUUGAGGAGGAACAGCUCCAACGUAAUCAAGGAAAUCGUUGA